GUGCUAGCUUGUUCUGCGGCGUUGCUAAUCAAAGUCCUAUGUUUUGUUCUGUAAAGUGUUUGUUUCCGUACGAACCAGUAGGACCUCUGUUUUUGGAUGAAACCGACCAAUUGGACUUUGUUCUGUUCACAUUCUGCGUCAGUUUUUUACUGUUUUGCUGAUUUAUGUCUUAUUAAUUAGUUCAGUGGUGCUAAAGUUAGCUUAGCUCGCUAGCUGCUAAGUGCUAAAAAGAUUUGUCGGUGUGUGAUGGGAGACAAUCUGUGUUUCUGACGGCGUUUGUGUGGGAAAAAAAGUGAAAAAUGUCCAUAAAAGUUGAGAUUCUGAGAUCGUUGGUGGAGCAGAGACUAACUGCAGCUGCUGAAGAGAUAUUUGGGCUGUUUGAAAGAACCAUAGCAGAGUACGAGGAGGAACUUUGUCGAACUAAAGAAGAAAACCAGAGACAAAAACAAAUACUGGACGAAGUUUGGAAUCAGAAAAAUCUCAUCCAUCCUGCAGAGUGUCCUCCUGCAGACGUCCAGCAGCCGUCGGCGGUUAAAGAAGAUGUUCCCCUUGAGCAGGAGGAGGAGUGGAACCUGAAGGAACCAGAAGUCUUACAACUUAAACAGGAACAGGAGGAGCUGUGGACCCACCAGGAGACUGAUAUCACCACGUUCCACUCCAGUCCUUUCUAUGAGAAGAAUGAAGACGACGAGGGGAAAGUCCAGGAAACAGACAGAGAGAACUGCGGGGGAUUUUCUGAAUGUGGAGUCACGUAUUCCGAGUUCAACAUGAGACAGGUUGACGACACACCCAGAGACCAAAUGACAUAUAAUGACGUGACCAUAUGCGAAGUAGGGGUUAAAAAGAAGCAACACCCGUGCUCUGAAUGUGGUAAAACAUUUAACUGCAGGUCAAGGUUAAAUCUACACUUGAAAAUCCACACUGGAGAGAAACCCCACGGCUGUUCAGUUUGUCAGAAACGUUUCAGCGAUAAAAGUACACUUCGGAAACACAUGGUCACUCACACUGGAGAGAAAGCCUUCAGGUGCUUAAUUUGCCAUAAAUGUUUCCGACUCAAACAUCAUCUUCAGGCUCAUAUGAAGACGCAUAUGAGGGCGCGUAUGAGAGGGGAAACGGGUGUCGUUAACAGUCACAUGGAAACAAACCUGAAUGACGAGACGCUAAUGAACAACCUGAAGACGGUUCUGCUGAAGAUGAACCUCAGUCCGUCGAACAUCGAAUGAUGACUCCUGGAGUUCACGAAGAUGGAAUUCAUCUCCCGCGAAACCUGCUGGAAACUCACCACAGAGGAGAGUAAUACGUACAGGACCAGUAAAUGUGUCUUUCUGAACAUCUCAGAAAACAUGAAAGGAUGAAGGAGGAAUCAAACCUACAAUGUGUGUGUGUCAUAAAGUUU